GUCGGCGGCUCCUCUGCUUUCCCCCCUCCGGGAUCCUCCGGCGGCAGCUGAUGGAAGGGAACAGCUCUUUGUAAUGAGAGCUUCAAAGAUAUGAUCUUGAUUAAAAAGAAAGAGAGGUUUCCCUCUACAGUCAAAUCAAAUUCGGUUUAUCUACCCAGAUAAGUGCUACUUGGCUGAUUGUCCUAUAUAAUGGCAAAACCGUAUGAAUUUAACUGGCAGAAGCCAGUUCCAACCUUCCUGCAAGAUGGAGCUGUGUUUGACAGAUAUGAAGAGGAAUCUUUCGUCUUUGAACCAAGCUGUCUCUUUAAAGUGGACGAAUUUGGGUUUUUUCUAACAUGGAAAAGUGAAGGAAAGGAAGGGCAAGUUUUAGAAUGCUCCCUAAUCAACAGUAUUCGUGUGGGAGCAGUACCAAAGGACCCCAAAAUGUUAGCUGCUCUUGAGGCUGUUGGCAAAGCAGAAAAUGAACUGGAAGGACGUAUCGUGUGCGUCUGUAGCGGCACGGAUCUGGUGAACAUCAGCUUCACAUACAUGGUAGCAGAAAGCACUGAGGAGGCAAAGCAAUGGGUUGAUGGACUCCGAUCAAUCAUACGUAACUUUAGAGCAAACAAUGUCUGUCCCAUGACAUGCCUCAAGAAACACUGGAUGAAACUGGCAUUUCUGACUAACACUAACAGCAAGAUUCCAGUUAGAAGCAUUACCCGAACUUUUGCAUCAGGUAAAACUGAAAAGGUGAUCUUUCAGGCACUUAAGGAAUUGGGUCUUCCUAGUGGAAAGAAUGAUGAAAUAGAGCCUUCAGCUUUUACCUAUGAGAAAUUUUACGAACUGACCCAGAAGAUAUGUCCUCGUACUGAUAUAGAGGAUCUUUUUAGGAAAAUCAAUGGAGACAAAACUGAUUAUUUAACGGUAGACCAAUUAGUGAGCUUUCUAAAUGAACAUCAACGAGAUCCUCGACUGAAUGAAAUUUUAUUUCCAUUCUAUGAUCCCAAAAGAGCAAUGAAGAUAAUUGAGAUGUAUGAGCCAGAUGAAGAUUUAAAAGGCAGAGGUCUCAUGUCAAGUGAUGGGUUUUGCCGGUACUUGAUGUCAGAUGAAAACGCACCCGUCUUCCUAGACCGUUUAGAACUAUACCAAGAAAUGGAACAACCCUUGGCUCACUACUUCAUUAGCUCCUCCCACAACACAUAUCUCACAGGAAGACAGUUUGGUGGGAAGUCAUCUGUGGAGAUGUAUAGACAAGUCCUCUUAGCUGGAUGCAGAUGCGUGGAACUUGAUUGCUGGGACGGAAAAGGUGAAGACCAAGAACCAAUAAUAACACACGGAAAGGCAAUGUGUACAGACAUUCUUUUCAAGGAUGUGAUUCAAGCCAUUAGGGAAACCGCAUUUGUAACAUCUGACUACCCUGUCAUCCUGUCCUUUGAAAAUCACUGCAGCAAGUAUCAACAAUACAAAAUGUCAAAAUACUGUGAAGAUAUUUUUGGAGAUCUUCUGUUAAAGCAGCCACUGGAAGCAUAUCCACUUGAACCAGGAAGAUCCCUGCCGUCUCCAAACGAGCUUAAAAGAAAGAUCCUUAUUAAAAACAAACGGUUAAAGCCUGAAGUGGAAAAAAAACAGCUUGAAACCUUGAAAAGUAUGAUGGAAGCUGGUGAAACUGCUGCUCCCGUCAGCAUUUUGGAAGAUGAUAAUGAAGAAGAGAUAGAAAGUGCUGACCAAGAAGAGGAGGCCCAUCCGGAGUACAAAUUUGGAAGUGAGCUCUCUGCAGAUGACUUGAGCCAAAAAGAAUCUGUAGCCAACCAUGUGAAAAAGGCUGUGGACGAUUCUGAACAAGAAAACAAUAAAAAGGGUGUAAUAACUGCAGAAGAUGAGCAAGCGUGGAUGGCGUCUUACAAAUAUGUAGGAGCCACAACUAAUAUACACCCGUACUUAUCCACGUUGAUCAACUAUGCUCAGCCUGUUAAGUUUCAAGGUUUCCAUGUAGCAGAAGAACGCAACAUUCACUACAAUAUGUCCUCUUUUAAUGAGUCUGUCGGGCUCGGUUAUUUGAAAACACAUGCAAUUGAGUUUGUGAACUAUAAUAAACGGCAAAUGAGUCGGAUAUACCCAAAGGGAGGCAGAGUGGAUUCCAGCAAUUACAUGCCUCAAAUUUUCUGGAACGCUGGAUGCCAGAUGGUCUCACUCAACUAUCAGACCCCAGAUUUAGCAAUGCAGUUGAAUCAGGGAAAAUUUGAAUAUAAUGGGUCGUGCGGGUAUCUUCUUAAACCAGAUUUUAUGCGGAGACCUGAUCGAACAUUUGACCCUUUCUCUGAAACUCCUGUAGAUGGUGUCAUUGCAGCAACGUGUUCAGUACAGGUAAUAUCUGGCCAGUUUUUAUCAGACAAAAAGAUUGGUACGUACGUCGAAGUGGAUAUGUAUGGCCUUCCCACUGACACUAUACGUAAGGAAUUCCGAACACGGAUGGUGAUGAACAAUGGUUUGAAUCCUGUUUACAACGAGGAAUCAUUUGUAUUCCGAAAGGUUAUUCUACCAGACCUUGCAGUCUUGAGGAUAGCUGUUUAUGAUGACAACAACAAAUUGAUCGGACAAAGGAUAUUGCCUCUAGAUGGUCUGCAAGCAGGUUAUAGACACAUUUCCCUCCGAAAUGAAGGCAACAAACCAUUGUCUCUGCCAACAGUCUUCUGCAACAUUGUCCUCAAAACAUAUGUGCCUGACGGUUUUGGAGACAUCGUGGAUGCCUUGUCAGAUCCAAAGAAAUUUUUAUCUGUCAUGGAGAAAAGAGCAGACCAGAUGAGAGCUAUGGGGAUUGAAACCAGUGAUAUAGCUGACGUUCCAAAUGACACUUCAAAGAAUGAUAAGAAAGGCAAAGCUAAUAAUCCCAAAGCAAAUGUUACGCCUCAGACGAGCUCUGAACUUAGACCAAAUACCACUUCUGGUGUGGGACCUGGAAUGGAAGCUAAGAAAGGUAUAGAUCUUAUUCCUCAAAUAAAGAUAGAGGACUUAAAGCAAAUGAAGGCAUAUAUAAAGCAUUUGAAAAAACAGCAAAAAGAAUUGAAUGCAUUGAAGAAGAGGCAUGCAAAGGAACACUGUGUUAUGCAGAAGUUACACUGCACACAAGUUGACAAAAUAGUAGCACAAUACGACAAAGAGAAGUUAGCUUAUGAGAAAAUCCUCGACAAGGCCAUCAAGAAAAAGGGAGGAAAUAAUUGCCUUGAGAUGAAAAAAGAAAUAGAAAAUAAAGUUCAGAUACUAACAUCAGAUCAUAAAUCUAAGGUAAAAGAAAUUGUGGCGCAGCACACGAAGGAGUGGUCGGAGAUGAUCAACACGCACAGCGCCGAAGAGCAAGAAAUGCGCGACUUUCAUCUGAGCCAGCAGUGCGAGUUACUCAAGAAGCUGCUCAUUAACGCUCAUGAACAGCAGACCCAGCAACUAAAGCUGUCGCAUGACAGGGAAAGCAAAGAAAUGCGUGCCAACCAAGCGAAAAUUUCUAUGGAAAACAGUAAAGCCAUAAGCCAAGACAAAUCUAUCAAAAACAAAGCUGAAAGGGAAAGGCGUGUCAGAGAACUGAACAGCAGCAACACAAAGAAAUUUCUGGAAGAGAGAAAGCGGCUGGCAAUGAAGCAAUCAAAGGAAAUGGAUCAGCUGAAAAAAGUUCAACUUGAGCAUCUAGAAAUUCUGGAGAAACAAAAUGAACAGCUUUUGAAAUCCUGUCAUGCAGUCUCUCAAACUCAAGGCAAAGGAGAUGCAGCAGAUGGUGAAGCUGGAAGCAGAGAUGGACCGCCGGCCAACCACAGUGGUAUAAAGCUUCACCAUGCAAACUGAAGUCUGAAAUCCAGUAUUGUUUUGUAUUUCCAAAGUUAACUCACUGAGGAUCAGACAGUGGUGUCUCUUCCACUUAGUGUCAAGUGUAGCUGCAAAUCACUGAUAAUGAGCUUGGAAUAUUUUGUAACGUUUGGAGUACUGCAUUUUAUUUUUGCCACAAUAGACCAUGCUUAUAAAAAAAAAAAACCAAACAAAUGUGAUUUAAAAUUUUUAAAAUUCAGAAAGCUGCUCUCCUUUAAAUGAGAUGUUUGUCUUUAUCGGGGUUACGGGAUCAGACCAGUCUAAUACAGUCCACACAUUCUGUUUGUUCUUGAAUAAUUUGCACUUGUCUGUAUUUUAUAUUAAAUUUUGUCUGGGCUUCCUUGCCUUUUGAGAGCCAGCCAGGUGUGCUGUAAUUUCCCAGAAAACACUCCGCAUUCUGAUGCAAGAGCCUUUGAUGAGGGACACUUGAUCAUUAUUGGGGGGUUUUAAGUAAUUUGACACUGUCUGUAAGUAUCUUUCUAGGAGAAAACAAUCUUUUAACUUUUUGUUUUGUUUUGCCAUGAGGACAACCUGGAAAUGUAGCAAAUUUAAUGCAAAUUAAAAUUACACAAGUGGGAUGUGCAACAAAAUGUUGCAGUGCAGAAUUCUCCCUUUUCAGGAUUCCAGCCGCUCCAUUCCACCCUCCCUGGUCGUCGUCCCCUCACCCGUGCCCUAACAGUCAGCAUUUUAUGACCACUGGCUAUGCUCAGUUCUGACUGGGCUGUUUUGGGAAGUUUCCCCCUUGAAGGUUUUUUUCUAAAAGUUUUUUGUACUUCUGCAAACCAUGGAUUUCCCCUGAGCCUGCUGAUGCCUCCUUCUUGUGCCUCAGUGAUGCCAUUUUGUCUACAUAAAGACUGGCACUUGGAGAACUGAGAUCACUAUGAAUAUCUAUGAUAUUGGGAAACCACCAUCCAUAAAACCAGUAGUUUAAUUAAAAGUAUAAAAGCUGUGCAGGUUAUUUCUGGAUUCAGAAUUAUGUCAUCAGCAAGUGCCACAUCAGGUUGGUCUUGUCCGGAUUGAAACUGACUUUUUUGUAAAAUGCUGCUGAAAGGAUUGUGAAGUGGCGAAAGGCUAUCCUCGUGCCAAACCUACUUGAUAUGGUAAAAAGUAAAGGAACUGUAUUGUAAGCACUUUAACCGAUGUUUACAUACUACUAACAGUUGCAUUUUGAUCCACUUGUUCCGAAACCCAAAUGCUACCACUCGUUGUAUCUUAAAAUUUGUUAACUAGCUGUUGUGAGAGAGCAGGAGGGUUUGUAACUGUGAAAUUGUAACGUAUUUAUACACAUGCAAUCACAAUAUUGUAGACAAUCACAUUCCUAUGGGGACAUCAACAACAGCGGUAAACAAAAUUCUGUUUGCAUGUGGUAUAAACACCAAUUUUGACUUCAGUGAAUAUUAUAUGACCGCACAGUAAUUCUCUUACUGGUAAAUAAAUACAGAGUCAGUGUAUGAUACAGAAUAUUUGAUUAAUUAACAAAACAUAAGUAUAUAUAUAUAAUAUAUAUAUAUAUAUAUAUAUAUAUAUAUAUAUAUAUAUAUAUGUGUGUGUAUAUGAAUUAUGUGGGCAUUCUUACUACUUCAAGUUCUAGUUGAAAAGGAAAAUAUGUUAAUUUAAUUUUACACAAUAUAUUUAUGCAGAUUUUCAGACUUUCAUAUCAGGAAUAACCCUUUUUAUGUCUGUUAGAUAUCCAAACAAUUUGCUACAGUAUUAAUGUGCAUGUUCUUACAACCCGCUGUAGUUACAAUGCAGAACCAUGCAUGUCAGCCUUCUGCUUGGAGUUGUCCAAUGCUGCCACCAUGAAAAGAGACUGUGGAGAACCGGUAGUUUAGAACAAAUCAGACAACUGAUUUCAGUAACACUCAGUACCAAUCAUGUUGUUGUAUAUGCUUGUACAAACUGAUUCUACAUAUUCCUAUAAAUGACAUUAAAUAAAGAAAUAAUUAUGUAACUGU